CGGCAUUUCCCCAAUUCUGUGGGAAUUCUGAGGGAAAAUCCCCCGUCCUUCCGUGAGAAAACGUCCCCGCAGAGUCCCCGCGUCUGCCCGCGGGGGCACGCGUGGCGCUGUCCCCUCGGGAGCUGUGCGGGGGCACGGGCGCUGCUGUGGGAGCAGGGGCUGCUCAGGGGCGGGUGAGGGCUCCAGCCGGCCCCGAGACCCCGCCGGGGCCGCAGCCGCUCCUGCCCCCUCCGCGCCCGGGGACACACGACACGAGCCGCGGGGGAGGCUCGAGAAGCUGCAGGGGCCAUUCACUGUUGCUGGGCAACCUGGCUACCGAAACCACAACAGCGUCGGUGGGGACGUGUGUCCCGGGCUCCCCAGCAGCUCCCAGCGCUGCCUGCAGGAAGGGACCCGGCCCCACGGCCCUGCCAGGGGCACGGCAGCACCAUGUUCGCCACAGUGAGAUUCGGAGCCAACUGCCAGGAGAUGGUGAACCUGCUCUGCUGCGUCCGGACCCUCACAGCUCACCUGAAGUGGAAGUGUCAGUGCAGGCCUGAAGACUGCAUUGAUCUGAUGGAUGAAAAGGGCACCCUGAUGAACCUGAGCAAAGUGGAAGAUCCUGCAUCUGAAUAUGCCAGUAAAUACCUGCAGGGAAGGCAGCGCUACAUCCUCGUCAGAGCUGUCCGAGAAGAAAACCCUGAAGCCACCUGCUACGAAUCCUUGCUUGAGGACCUGGGGAAACACUACCCUGAUCUCCCAGCAGGAAAACACAGUUCUGGAAGGGCUUGGUCACUCCACAGAUCGGCUGCAGCAGCUCUCAGGAAAGACUCAGAGGACAGACCAGAGGAAGAAGGGCUCCUCGCAGAGGGCCCAGCCUCACAGCAGCACCCGAGCCAGGAACAGGACCACCUUACAGAGCAAGAAGAGCUUGAAACACAAGAACACCCCUAAGUGAGGAACAGACCCGUUACUGGUCACAAAGGCAGCACAGCCUCCACCAGGGCCCAAGCACCUGCCCAGGUACUUAUUCCCAGCACAGCAAGAGUCCCCUGCUACUGAGCCCCUCUCCCUGUGGUCCCCUGCCCCCGCAGAGCUUCACACUACCACAUCCCAAGCUGCACCCUGACAAACCCAGCAUCACAGCCAGGCACAGGCACCAUCCUCCUGCUUCAGGGGUCUCGUGUUCCCCUGGCAUGGCCUGCACUCCCCAGGGACAAGAACCUGCACUCCUAUCACUGCAUGGGCCUGCUUCCCACUGCAGCAUCAGUU